UCUUAAUUGUGCUGCACACGUGUUAAACAGUUUUUAAUAUUUGGCUGUUUGGUUGAGUUUUUGCAUGGUCUUUUUCUUGUAAAAUUACCUUCUGGCUGUUUGGAAAAGCACUUUUUAGCAAUGGUAGGAGUAUUCCAAAGGCUCUAGCUGAUGGCGAUUUCGACGCUUGGGAGGAGUAUAUGGAAGAUACAAUCGCAGCUUUUUCUUCCACAACUUCUUCGUCCCAUUACUCACUCGUCGUCUUGUUCUUUUGUGAACCCGCUUCAUCGCCUUUUCUCUCAAGCAUUUCGUCAGACAAUUCUCGUUCCUUUUCGAAGCUCUUCUCUACAAACCCCCCACUUCUCUUCUCUGCAACUUUUCUCUGCACAGAAUCUCAACUACCCAUUUGACUUCCAUGGCCUUGGAUUCCGGAUAUAUGAUCUCCACGACCCUGGUGUUCUCGAGUCUGUGGAAAUACUCAAACGGGCCGCUGAUCUUCCUACGGAAACAGAGGCCAUGUUGUCUAUUCAAGAGUCGGGCAUCGAGGCCACCCGAGAUUUGGUCUGUUCUGCUAUUUGGGGAUUGAGGGAAGAGUGGAAGCUGGCAUUUUUGGCUUUCAAAUGGGGUGAAAAAUGCGGCUGUAGUGAUGAAGAAACUUGUAAUUUGUUAAUAUGGGUUUUGGGUAAUCAUAGAAAGUUUAAUACUGCUUGGUGUUUGAUACGAGACCUGCAUCGAUCUUCGAUGGAUACCAGGCGUGCAAUGCUUAUCAUGAUUGAUAGAUAUGCAUUUGCAGAUGAUCCAUCCAAGGCCAUUUGGACAUUCGACAUUAUGGAAAAGUUCAGUUUGGCUCAUGAUCAUGAAGCAUACCGCUUCCUCUUGAAUGCUCUUUGUGCACAUGGAUACAUCGAAGAGGCUGAAGAAUUUAUGCUUGUAAAUAAGAAGCCCUUCCCAUUGGAGACUGAGAGCUUUAACAUUAUUCUUAAUGGGUGGUGUAACAUGUCUGUUGAUGUAUUUGAAGCAAAGCGAGUUUGGAGAGAAAUGUCGAAAUGCUGUAUACUGCCAGAUGCAACUUCGUAUACUUACAUGGUAUCUUGCUUCUCAAAAGUAGGGAAUCUUUUCGACUCACUCAGACUCUAUGAUGAAAUGAAGAAAAGGGGUUGGGUUCCAGGACUCGAGGUUUACAAUUCAUUAAUUUAUGUGCUAACUCAUGAAAAUUGCUUGGGAGAAGCUCUCAAAAUGUUGGACAAGGUGAAAGAAUUGGGUUUGCGUCCAGAUUCUACCACCUAUAACUCAAUGAUACGUCCUUUAUGUGAAGCACAAAAGCUAGAGGUGGCAAGAAAGAUAUUAACCACUAUGAUAGAGGAGAAUAUCUGCCCGACUUCUGAGACCUACCAUGCGUUUCUUGGGACUGUAGGUUUUGAGGGAACUCUUGAAGUUGUUAACCGGAUGAAGAAAGCUAACUUAGGUCCUAGCAGCGAAACUUUUCUUAUAAUUCUUAGAAAGUUCUUCAAAUUAGAGCAACCUGAGAAUGCAGUGAAGAUCUGGGAAGAAAUGAGGCAGUAUGAAGUAGUGCCUGAUUCUACUCAUUACACAGUAAUGAUACAAGGGCUGGCCACCUUUGGGUUGUUAAACAAGGCUAACACUUUUCUUUCUGAGAUGAGGUCAGAUGGAUUUGUAGAAGAUCCAAAGCUUAAGAAGUUGUUGAAAGAACCAAAGAGCAACAGGAUUGAUAAGAGAAAACGGCAAUUGAGACAAUUGAAAGGAGAAAAAAGGGUGAGUCACAAGAAAGGCAACACGAUGAAAGGAGAAAAUCAUCACCAAACAGAGAAGAAGACGUCUCUUCAAUAGUCUGAUACAGUUCAGAAAGAUUCUUCGUCCCUGUUAGCAGAAUUACACUAAUGGUGUAGAGAGAUGCUCACUAUUGAAGGAGUCACAAAAGGAGGUUCUUAUAAGAAAGCAAGCUAGAUAAAUUGACAAUAAACUGUUCCAAGUAAAUAAAUUGAUAAGUCAGUAUCUCUGUAUAAAUCAGGGCCGCUCUUGAAUUGCAGUGUGCCGACAGUGGUUCACUUUAUUACACAUAAAACAUCCAUGUCAAUGAAAUUCUCUCACGAAAAAGCAUUUCCGAUAAGAAACAUCACUCUCUAUAGCGGUGCUCCCUCUUAUGUUUCGGUUCUCUGCAUUACGUGAUGCAUUAUCGUCUACUGUCUUACUUGUCUAUCAGUUGGCGCAGUGACAUAAGUUUGGAAUGUAUUCAGUCGAGUAAACUUGGAGAUUUUCUCCCUUGGCUGCUUAUUUGUUAUUUUCGUUGUCGAGUGGAGAUAUUUUAAUGACAGUCCUAUUUGUAAACCAAAAAGUUAUGUAUAUCGAAACCGAAAGAAUUUUAACAAUAAUUCGUUC